AUGUCAUACCCUCAGUCUGCCGCGCAGAGACCGCCACCGCUGCGACAAUACAAUACGGCUCCUUCGCCAUCCGUGGUCUCACCGGGGGGAUAUUCGCAAGAUGGUUCCUACGGACAUAGUGAUGGAGGGAGGAGUAGUCACGACUACCCUGCCGGUCCAGCCUACGACGACGCUGCGUACAGCGUUCACUCCAACUCUUCAGGUUCGCAGCCUUAUGGUGCCCCGCAGUCACAACCGCGCGCAAUGCGCCCACCGGGACCGCCAGGCCCAGGGCCGGGAUAUGGACGCCCUCCGAAUGGCUAUCCUCCCGGAGGGAUGCCGCCGCAGUCGCGACCACGAACCCCUGGUGGACGACCCGCCCCGGGCCCGGGCACCUUCGACAACCCCUUCCCUUCCUUCCCGAAUCAAGAUCCAAGAGACCCCAGAGCUCGACGGGACCCGAGAGACAUGAGAGACCCGAGAGGCCCGAGACCUCCACGGGACCCCAGAGAUCCACGAGAUCCACGAGACCGUAGGGGACCGAGAGAUCCCAGGGAUCGUCGCCCACCACCACCGCGAGGAUUAGAGAGCAGCAUGUCGGCCAUGGAUUUGAAUGGAAGGGCAGUGGAUAUGAACGGACGGGGUCCCCCGAGACCUCAUACCUCCAACGGAAGACGACCGGAGAUGCGACAGCCCCCUCUACGCGGUCCCCCACCUGGACGGGGCCGGGGAGGCUAUCCCAUGGGCCCGAUGCGAGGUGGAAGCUCAGGUCGUCCGGAUCGCCCUGAUCGCGACUACGGAGAUCCCAUGGGUGGACCUAUGGGUCCGCCCCCACGAAGUACAACCAUGCCGCUCGGCGCGCCUAUGGGAGGUCCAUCGUAUCCUGGUCAAUCGACAUAUCAAGAAUCAGAUUAUCCAGGGAGCCCGAUGGAUCCUCCAAUGCGCCCAAAUACCGCCGGGAGUAUGCGACCACCGCACUCACGCGCCCCCAACGACAUAGACCCUGGCCUGAUCAUUCCCUCCGCCUCGUUGAUGAUUCCCCCGGAACCUGCCAACCGCGUCUCAUACGCCCCCAAGGACUUUUUGGACAGCUAUUACGAGUCUGGUCCCGACGAACCCGAUAUGCCUAAUUUUGACGCCAUGCCUGAUGCUGGCCAGCACACGGCCAUUGAUGAAAUGGGACUCGAGACGCCCAAGGCAAAGACGCCGGCUCCGCAUCCGAAUUCCUCCCCCGGCAAUUAUAAUACGUACUCACCCACAGGUGACGACUUCAUGCGCUCCCAGUCUCAACCAAACCUCCGACAAGCCGAAGCGCCGAACCAGUUCGAGAAUGCAGGAUUCCAAUUUGAUAUUCCUGGAGAGGCUCCCGGCCAUGCUGCUGAUCACGGAUACGGACAACAUGGGUAUGAGGACUAUGCAGGUUACUCACAAGGUCCUCCUGCUCCUGUCCGAGGCAUCCAGCCAGGUUAUCACGAGCACCCCGAGGUUCCCGAAGCUCAGCAAAAUCCCGAUGCUCUGCCACACCACCCAGCUCCUUUCCGGCUGGGUCUCGACCAAGGUGCGAAACCGGCGCCUGUACGGCAAUACAGUGCCCCAGAGACUGCUCCUGCUCCUGCGCCGGCCCCGGCAUCGCAGCCCAUGAUGGUACCCAGAGGACCGGCGCAGGCGCCUGUCACAAUCGAAGAGCUCCAGCGCCUGCAACAACAGGCGCGAGGCAACCCCUCCGACAAGCAGGCCCACCUCAUCCUCGCCAAAAAGCUGGCCGAGGCCUCCACUGUCCUGGUGGGUGACAACAGUCGUCUCGACCCCAAGACAAAAGCCAAGGCCAAAGAGAAGUACAUAAUGGAUGCAUUCAAGAUUGUGAAGAAACUCGUUACGGGCGGGUACUCCGAAGCGCAAUUCUACCUAGCCGAUUGCUACGGAGAAGGUCUGUUGGGACUCGAAGUAGACCCCAAAGAAGCCUUCUCACUCUACCACUCCGCCGCCAAGCAAGGCCACGCCCAAUCCGCCUACCGAGUCGCAGUCUGCUGCGAAAUCGGACAAGAAGAAGGCGGCGGCACGAAACGCGACCCCUUCAAGGCCGUCCAAUGGUACAAGCGCGCUGCAUCCCUGGGUGACACACCCGCAAUGUACAAAAUGGGCAUGAUCAACCUCAAGGGACUCCUCGGACAAGCCCGCAACCCACGCGAAGGCGUUUCCUGGCUGAAGCGCGCAGCCGAGCGCGCAGACGAAGAGAACCCUCACGCCCUCCACGAACUGGCACUGAUGUACCAGAACGCCAGCGGGAACGACAUCAUCGUCCGAGACGAACAAUACGCCUCGCAGCUCUUCCACCAGGCCGCCGAACUAAACUACAAGUUCUCUCAGUUCCGUCUGGGUAAUGCCUAUGAAUACGGGCUUAUGGGAUGUCCAAUUGACAACCGCACCAGUAUUAUCUGGUACACGCGUGCUGCAGCGCAGGGCGAACACCAGAGUGAGCUUGCGCUCAGCGGUUGGUAUCUGACUGGUUCAGAGGGUAUUCUACAGCAAAAUGAUACAGAGGCUUAUCUGUGGGCUCGCAAGGCUGCGACUUCUGGUCUUGCAAAGGCUGAAUAUGCCAUGGGGUACUUUACCGAGGUUGGAAUUGGCUCUGCUGCUAAUUUGGAGGAUGCGAAGCGCUGGUAUUGGCGUGCGGCUGCGCAAGGAUUCCCUAAGGCCCGUGAGCGCCUUGAGGAGCUUAAAAAGGGUGGUAGCCGGAUGGAGAAGACUCGUCUUUCUCGCUCUGCUGUUAAUAAGCAGAGUGAUGGAGACUGUGUUCUCAUGUAG